GAUUAUUCGGUAUAUUCCAGGACGCCUCUUUUCUCAUUCGUUGGCCGAACUUAUUCCGCGAAAGUUCGAGUUACGUUAAAAUCGUUCGCUGUUUUCGGUUGUUUUUACAUAAGUAAUCGUUAUUAAGGGACUACAAAACAAAGAACUAUCCCAUGAUAAAGCAAUUGCCAAAGCGUCACCUACAAGAAGAAUGCCAAAUUUGUCAUUCCUUCUAAAUCUAUUCAGAUCAUGGCGAAUAGGAGAGAACAUACAACAAGAACAACAGGAAAAACUGGACUCGCCUGUUAUUAACAUUGUAACUGUAUUGGACGACAAUCAAGAAAAGAUUAUCGCCCCUACAAUAAAACAUUCUACUGUCCUAUCAAAACAUAAAAAUGAGCAGAAUUGGUUUUGGAAUGCGUAUAGAAAAAUAAUGCCAUCCAUGGACGAAAUGCAGAAGACUUCCAACGACAUGUCCGAAUUGCAGUCAAUGCUUCCAACCAUUGUUACAGUACACAGGCCCAGUCUUGUGGUUAGAAACAGCGAGGACAUUACAGGAGGUGUAUGUUUCAUGCGCGAUAGUCCCUAUCGCAUUUUGAAGGCUGCCGAGAGUGGAAAUUUAGAAGCAUUUCAAAAGUUGUAUUUUUCCGACCAAACGCGUUUGACAAUUAAAGAUACCAGAGGAAGAACUGCUGCUCAUCAAGCUGCAGCGAAAAACAAGGUGGAAAUACUCCAGUUCAUUUCAGCCCAUGACGGAGAUUUUAAUGUACAAGAUAAUGUCGGCAACACCCCACUACAUGUUGCUGUGGAGAACGAAUCUUUAGAAGCAGUCGACUUCUUAUUGCUAAAAGGUGUGAAAACAGAUAUUCUAAAUGAUAAGAAACAAGCUCCAAUUCACCUAGUUACUGAACUAAACAAGGUUGCUGUGUUGGAAGUAAUGAGUAAACAUAAAAGCAAAAUAGACAUACAGCAAGGAGGCGAACAUGGUCGUACCGCCCUCCAUAUUGCAGCUAUAUACGACCACGAGGAAUGUGCGAGGAUUCUAAUUACAGAGUUCGACGCUUGUCCAAGGCAGCCGUGUAAUAAUGGUUACUACCCUAUCCAUGAAGCUGCUAAGAACGCUUCUUCAAAGACCUUAGAAGUAUUUUUGCAAUGGGGUGAAUCAAGAGGUUGUACUCGGGAUGAAAUGAUAUCAUUUUAUGAUGCGGAAGGUAAUGUACCCCUUCAUUCGGCAGUUCAUGGAGGUGAUAUAAAAGCAGUGGAACUUUGCAUAAAAUCAGGUGCAAAAAUUUCUACUCAACAAUACGAUCUGUCAACACCGGUCCAUCUGGCUUGUGCUCAAGGGGCUAAGGAUAUUGUAAAAUUAAUGUUUAAAAUGCAACCUGAAGAAAAGAUGGCCUGUUUGGCAUCUUGCGAUAUCCAAAAAAUGACACCACUACAUUGUGCAGCAAUGUUUGAUCAUCCAGAAAUUGUUGAAUAUUUAGUUACUGAAGGCGCCGAUGUUAAUGCAGUUGAUAAAGAAAAGAGAUCUCCGCUUUUAUUAGCAGCAUCUAGGGGUGGUUGGAAGACGGUCAAUACCCUUAUAAGGCUUGGAGCAGACAUUAAUAUUAAAGAUGUAAACAGGAGAAACGUUUUGCACUUAGUGGUUAUGAACGGCGGACGACUAGAACAAUUCGCCGCUGAAGUAAGCAAGUGUAGUUAUGGUCGUUACAAUACGGCAAGACAACUACUGGAUUCAGAGAAAGGAACGUUUAUUAUUAACGAGAGUGACGGGGAAGGUUUAACACCACUCCAUAUUGCUUCUAAACAAGGACACACUAGAGUUGUCCAAUUAUUACUGAAUCGAGGAGCUCUACUUCAUAGGGAUCACAAUGGACGGACACCUUUACAUUUGGCCGCCAUGAACGGUUAUACACAAACUAUUGAAUUACUUCUAUCCGUACAUUCUCAUCUUUUAGACCAAUUAGAUAAAGAUGGGAAUACUGCACUACAUUUAGCUACAAUGGAAAAUAAACCGAAUGCCAUUGCAUUACUGCUUUCGAUGAAUUGUAAGCUGUUGUACAACAAAAUUCAAAUGAGCGCUAUUGAUUACGCCAUCCAUUACAAAUUUCCUGAAGCUGCACUAGCGAUGGUAACUCAUGAAGACAGAGCUGAAGAAGUGAUGACGCUAAGAUCUGACAAACAUCCUUGCGUAACCCUUGCUCUAAUAGCUUCCAUGCCAAAAGUCUUCGAGGCAGUUCAAGAUAAAUGUAUAACGAAAGCCAACUGCAAAAAGGACUCCAAGUCAUUUUAUAUUACCUACAGCUUCUCCUGUUUCGAAUGUCCUCAAUUUUACGCUGAUAUGGAUGGAAAAACUGGAGAAGCAGUGAAUAUAUCACAGCCAAUACCCCUCCCUGCCCUAAAUGCGAUGGUGUCACAUGGAAGAGUAGAACUUUUAGCUCACCCACUGAGUCAAAAAUAUCUUCAAAUGAAAUGGAAUUCGUAUGGAAAGUACUUUCAUUUGGCAAAUUUACUUUUCUACAGUAUUUUCUUGGUUUUUGUUACUCUCUUAUCUUCUCAACUUAUGGAAAAUGAUGAUGAUGAGGAUUUGCAACACUACAAGCCAGUAGAAAACGAAAGGUUGUAUGUUUAUACCGGUCAAAAUGAAAACAAAACAGAUUUAACCUAUGAGGAAUAUUGGGAAAAAACGAAAAAUGCCAUACUACACGUUAAAACAACACCUUUUAUGUACACUGGAGCAGUUGUAAUCACUGUUUAUCUGAUGGUAAACACUAUUCGCGAAGUAAUUCAAAUUUACCAACAAAAAUAUAAUUACUUUCUGGAUCCAACGAAUUUAGUUUCGUGGAUGCUUUAUAUCUCUGCUACAAUUACAGUAAUUCCACUGUCCAGUAGCAGUGUGACUGAACUUCAAUUUUCCUGCGCCUCUUUGACUGUUUUCCUAAGUUGGUUUAACUUAUUGUUGCUGCUACAACGUUUUGAUCAAGUUGGAAUUUAUGUGGUCAUGUUCUUGGAAAUAUUGCAAACACUGAUAAAAGUUUUACUUGUUUUCUCCAUAUUGAUAAUAGCCUUUGGACUCGCGUUUUAUAUCUUAAUGUCUAAGGGCGAACACUUAUCGUUUAAGACAGUUCCAAUGUCCCUUAUUAGGACAUUUUCCAUGAUGUUAGGAGAAAUAGAUUUUUUGGGCACAUAUGUACAACCAUACUACUUAAAAGAAGAACAAAGGUACUUGCCGUUUCCCAUGCCAGCUUUCUUUAUACUGUGUGUAUUUAUGGUACUAAUGCCCAUUCUAUUAAUGAACUUGCUUAUCGGUUUGGCGGUUGGUGAUAUCGAAUCCGUUCGGAGAAAUGCUCAAUUGAAACGACUGGCGAUGCAAGUUGUAAUGCAUACAGAACUUGAACGAAAACUUCCCAAAAUAUUAUUGGAAAGAAUUGAUAAAAGAGAAUUGGUCGAGUUUCCUAACGAAAGCAAAUGUAAACUUGGUUUUCUGGAUUGUAUAAUUAGAAAGUGGUUUGGAAAUCCUUUUUCCGAUGACGGAACAAAACGAAGAUACAAAGGGCUACCAGCCAUCCGAUGGCGACAAUGCGGGCUGGACAUGGUUAUGGAAAGUGGUGAAGACUAUUUAAUGUCAGAGCUUGAGAAAACCAAAAGAAAGCUCAGAGAUAUAUCGUCAUUAUUAGAAACACAGCAACAAUUACUUCGCCUAAUUGUACAAAAAAUGGAAAUUAAGACUGAGGCAGAUGAUGUAGACGAAGGUGUUUCUCCCAAUGAUCUCAAACCAUUAAUAACAACUUCUAGUAAAUGGACAUCACCAAAAAUACGUAAAAAACUACAGUCCGCUUUAAGCUUUACAAAAGGAAAUAGUAAUUAGAUCAAAAAAGUGAGCAUUGAGAAAGAUUUUUUUUGCUAACAGCAUUUAAUUAGUAUUGCUAUCUUUUUAAGUAAUUUGCUGUAGUCAGUGAACUAGUCAUUUUUCCUUGUUAAUUCUUAAGUAAAAUGUGAACUGAUCGUCAUAAAACAUAAAAUACUGAGUACUAUAAAACUAAUUGUUUUAUAAGUAAGUAAAAUAUUUGUUGUAAAAGUGAAUUUAUGGAAUGUGUGCUAUUAAAAGUCUUCUAAAUACAAUAUUACCGUAUAUACAACUGAUUUUGUAGUCAUAAAUUUCUGAAAAGAAAUGACAAAAGAAAUCUUACACAAUUUUAUUAAAAUACUUUUGUCUGUACAUUAUCAUUUUCUCUUACAAGGCACAAGAGUUCACCAAAUAUGUGCGUUUUAGUUUUAGUCUAAUGGCACUAGAAGAUAUUUUAGAAAUAUUUUUAUAACAUAGUAACAAAAAUACUUACAAGUUGCUUCACCAUAUGUUUACAAAUAAUUCGUCAGAUUUUAAACGCCAGGAUUGUCUUUUUCAUAUUUUGAUUUAAAAGUACAGUAUAUAUAUAUAAAUAUAACAUAAAUUGGUCUUAUGUAUUGUUACUGAAUAGAAGAUACACAAAAAAACAAGGUGAAAUAACUUGUAAAAUAGUAAGGCACCUUGUACUUGUAAUUAAAAAUAAA